AUGAUGAUACAGUGCCGUUGUUAUCCUCAACUGUUCUGAAGCACAGGGCCUUUGGAACCACUGUAGAUAUGGACAAAGAAGAAAGGAAGACUAUCAACCGGGGUCAAGAAGAUGAAAUGGAGAUUUAUGGCUAUAAUUUGAGUCGCUGGAAGCUUGCCAUAGUUUCUCUAGGCGUGGUUUGCACUGGUGGCUUUCUCCUUCUCCUCCUCUACUGGUUGCCUGAGUGGCGGGUGAAGGCGACCUGUGUUAGAGCUGCAGUUCGAGACUGUGAAGUGGUGCUGCUGAGGACUACUGAUGAAUUCAAAAGGUGGUUUUGUGCAAAAAUUCGCUUUCUUUCUUUGGAAAUGCACCCAUUUUUGAGUCCAAAAUCUAUAAUCAAUAAAGUUUCAAAUGGCCAUGCUGUUCAUUUAGCUGAAAAUCGGGCUGAAGAGAACAGAUGUGAGAUGAGGAAGUAUUCACAGACUCAAUCGCAACAGAUUCGUUAUUUUACCCACCAUAGUGUAAGAUACUUCUGGGAUGAUACUCUUCACAAUUUUGAUUUCUUAAAGGGACUGGAUGAAGGUGUUUCUUGUACGUCAAUUUAUGAAAAGCAUAGUGCAGGACUGACAAAGGGGAUGCAUGCCUACAGAAAAUUGCUUUAUGGAGUAAAUGAAAUUAGUGUGAAAGUGCCUUCUGUUUUUAAACUUCUAAUUAAGGAGGUUCUCAACCCGUUUUACAUUUUCCAGCUAUUCAGUGUUAUACUGUGGACCACUGAUGAAUACUAUUACUAUGCUCUAGCCAUUGUGAUUAUGUCUGUAGUAUCGAUUAUAAGCUCCCUAUAUUCCAUUAGAAAGCAAUAUAUUAUGUUGCAUGACAUGGUGGCAACUCACAGUACUGUGAGAGUUUCAGUUUGCAGAGUAAAUGAAGAAGUAGAUGAGAUCUUUUCUACAGACCUUGUGCCGGGAGACGUCAUGAUCAUUCCACUGAACGGGACAGUCAUGCCUUGUGAUGCAGUGCUUAUUAAUGGCACUUGCAUUGUAAACGAAAGCAUGUUAACAGGAGAAAGUGUUCCAGUGACAAAGACUAAUUUGCCAAAUCCUUCAGUGGACAUAAAAGGAACGGGAGAUGAAUUAUAUAGUCCAGAAAUACAUAGGCGACACACUUUGUUUUGUGGGACUACUGUAAUUCAAACUCGUUUCUACACUGGAGAGUUUGUCAAGGCCAUAGUAGUUAGAACAGGAUUUAGUACUUCCAAGGGACAGCUCGUUCGUUCCAUAUUGUAUCCCAAACCAACCGAUUUUAAACUCUACAGAGAUGCCUACUUGUUUCUGCUGUGUCUCGUGGCGGUGGCUGGCAUUGGGUUUAUCUACACUAUUGUCAAUAACGUUUUAAAUGAGGUAGAAGUUGGGGUAAUAAUUAUUGAGUCUCUUGAUAUCAUCACAAUUACUGUGCCACCUGCACUUCCGGCUGCACUGACUGCUGGUAUUGUGUACGCCCAAAGGAGACUGAAAAAAGUUGGUAUUUUCUGUAUCAGUCCCCAAAGGAUAAAUAUCUGUGGACAGCUGAAUCUUGUUUGCUUUGACAAGACUGGAACUCUUACUGAAGAUGGUUUAGAUCUUUGGGGGAUCCGACGAGUGGAAAAUGCACGUUUUCUUUUGCCAGAAGAAAAUGUUUGCAAUGAACUGUUGGUAAAGUCUCGGUUUGUUGCUUGUAUGGCUACUUGUCAUUCACUGACAAAAAUUGAAGGAGAACUUUCUGGUGAUCCCCUUGAUUUGAAAAUGUUUGAAGCCAUUGGAUGGAUUCUGGAAGAAGCAACUGAAGAGGAAACAGCACUUCAUAAUCGAAUUAUGCCUACUGUGGUUCGUCCUCCAAAACAACUGCUUCCUGAAUCUACACCUGCAGGAAACCAAGAAAUGGAGCUGUUUGAACUUCCAGCUAUUUAUGAGAUAGGAAUUGUUCGCCAGUUCCCGUUUUCUUCCGAUUUGCAACGUAUGAGUGUGGUUGCAAGGGUGCUGGGGGAUAGGAAAAUGGAUGCCUAUGUGAAAGGAGCACCUGAGGUCAUUGCCGGUCUCUGUAAACCUGAGACAGUUCCUGUUGACUUUGAAAGUGUUUUAGAAGACUAUACUAAACAGGGGUUCCGUGUGAUUGCUCUUGCACACAGAAAAUUGGAGGCAAAACUGACCUGGCAUAAAGUACAGAAUAUUACCAGAGAUGCCAUUGAAAACAGCAUGGAUUUCAUGGGAUUAAUUAUAAUGCAGAACAAAUUAAAGCAAGAAACCCCUGCAGUACUUGAAAAUUUGCAUAAAGCCAACAUUCGCACUGUUAUGGUCACAGGUGACAACAUGUUGACUGCUGUCUCUGUGGCCAGAGACUGUGGAAUGAUACUACCUCAGGAUAAAGUUAUUAUUGCUGAAGCAUUACCUCCAAGGGAUGGGAAAGUUGCCAAGAUAAAUUGGCAUUAUGCAGACACCCUACCACAGUGCAGUAAUUUAUCAGCAAUUGACUCGCAGGAUAUUCCAAUGAAAUUGGUCCAUGAUUGCUUAGAGGAUUUUCAGGUGACUCGUUACCAUUUUGCAAUGAAUGGAAAAUCGUUUUCAGUGAUACUGGAGCAUUUUCAAGAACUUGUCCCUAAGUUGAUGUUGCAUGGCACCGUGUUUGCUCGUAUGGCACCCGAUCAGAAGACACAAUUAGUAGAAGCAUUGCAAAAUGUAGAUUACUUUGUUGGAAUGUGCGGUGAUGGUGCAAAUGAUUGUGGUGCUUUGAAGAAAGCACAUGGAGGCAUUUCCUUAUCAGAGCUUGAGGCUUCAGUGGCAUCUCCCUUUACCUCCAAAACUCCUAGUAUUUCCUGCGUGCCAAACCUUAUCAGGGAAGGCCGUGCUGCUUUAAUGACUUCCUUCUGUGUGUUUAAGUUCAUGGCCCUGUACAGCAUCAUACAGUACUUCAGUGUUACACUGCUGUAUUCUAUCUUAAGUAACCUAGGAGACUUCCAGUUCCUCUUCAUUGAUCUGGCCAUCAUUUUGGUAGUGGUAUUUACAAUGAGUUUAAAUCCUGCCUGGAAGGAACUUGUGGCACAAAGACCACCUUCAGGUCUUAUAUCUGGGGCCCUUCUCUUCUCCGUUUUGUCUCAGAUCCUCAUCUGCAUUGGAUUUCAAUCUUUGGGUUUUUUUUGGGUCAAGAAGCAAUCUUGGUAUGAAGUAUGGCAUCCACAAUCAGAUGCUUGUAAUACAACAAGAAGUCUACAGUGGAAUUCUUCACAUUCGUACAAUGAAACUGAACCUGAUUCACGUAAUAUACAAAAUUAUGAAAAUACCACAGUGUUUUUUAUCUCCAGUUUUCAGUACCUCGUAGUGGCAAUUGUCUUUUCAAAAGGAAAACCCUUCAGGCAACCUUGCUACAAGAAUUAUUUUUUUGUUGUGUCUUUGAUUAUUUUGUAUGUUUUCAUAUUAUUCAUCAUGUUGCAUCCAGUUGCCUUUAUUGACCAGGUUCUUCAGAUAGUGUGUGUGCCGUAUCAGUGGCGUGUAACUAUGCUCAUCAUUGUUCUUGUCAAUGCCCUUGUGUCUAUCAUGAUGGAGGAGUCGAUGGAUUGGUGGGCAAAAUGCUUCUCGUCCUGGGCCCUGCACUUUAGAGAGAAGGUGCCAAAGGCGAAGUACAUGCGCCUGGCUCAGGAGCUCUCGGUUGAUCCGGAAUGGCCACCCAGACCUCAGACGACGACAGAAGCGAAAGCCUUCGCUCAGGGGAACGGAUCCUGUCAGAUCACCAUCACAUAGCAGUUCCUCAGUCUCAGUGGUGUGCUGUAGCAGUAUCGAGGAGAACAUAACUUUAGGACUUUCUGAUCCUGUGUGUCAGAAUGGCAUCAUUUCAAUUUAUGUCCCUUCUGAUAUAGUAGCUGAUUGGAGAGGCUUUUUUUUUUUUUUUUUUCUCCUUAAAGCAGAAAAAUGAUUGGCCUGUCAGUUAAAUUAAUCAGUCCGCCAAGUCCUGUAUCUUCAUUCAAUAAUUCUAAAUAUUAUAUAUAUUUCCAGAAUUUUCUUGUCACCUCAGUGAUACUCUUUAUAUAGGGUACAGAAGAAAGUUGGUAUUUGGUAGGUUUUUAGACAUUAGUUUUGAGACCUAGUUUAUACCUUUAAAUUUAUUUUCACAACCCCCUUAUUAGAAAAAGUCCUCAUUUAUAUACAGGCCCUAAAUUUGCGAUUGAUAAAUAAAAAGGGUGUUAAUUAGCCUCCAGUGAAAAUAGGUAGAAAAGCCUGUUUUCAUUUGAUUCCAAUAUUUCUCCCACAGAAUUCUCUAUAAACAUACACCAGUUCCCUUGGAUAGCCUAGAGUUAGGAGUGAGUUUUAUGGUGUUGCUUAUAGAACAACUCAGGUAAUUUCCAUUCAUGGUUUUAUAUUUUCUGUACAAACUGCCUGGGUUUUUAUUUUUCUAAUCAGCAAGGUGCUUCACUGCCUUCUUGAGAUGUCCCUCAGAGCUAUGAAAUGGAUCUUGUGCUAUAUCUGGUGUCAGUAGUAUAAUUUGCUUCAGUUAAAUGUUGUAGAACCUUUUUCACUAGGAAAAAAAGGUUAUUUCUUUUGGCAGUAGAUGUAGAUCUGUCUCUAGUAUCUUUUCAUACCUGUUUUUUUCUCUCAGGUUUUGUAUUAUUUUAAAUAUUUUCUUCUACGUCUUUAAUUACCUAAAGACAUGGGAUAAUAGUGAGUUGUUUUUUGUUGUUUUUAGUUUUUUGAGUUAGAAUUUUACCUCCUGAAAUUUUUAAGGUUUGAUGUAUGUCUCUCCUAUCAAUAAUGAGGCUUUAAAUAUGAGUGGUUUUUGAAUGACUGCUGUUUUUUCAAAGCAAUAUGAACUUGAUGAGAGUUUGUUUUAUGCCAUUAGGUGGCGCCAGAGGUCAGAGCUUACCUAUUUUGGAUUGGAUGGUUACAAAUGAGCAUAUUUGGUUGUGGAAAUUUCUGGGAGAAAAAAAAUUGAUAUACAGUUAAAGAAGAGACGUUCAUUGAGCCAAAAGAAAUAUGGAAAAUAUAUUUCACCUUUCUGUUUUGCCUGGUUAAUGUUUAAAUUCUCAACACAAUUAACUUUAAAAAUGCCUCUAUAGGUAAGAUCCAGCAGCUUGGCAAAGCCCACAGUUAUGAUAAACAAGGAAACUGAUAUUGCUGUAAGAUGGAUACUAAACUACUAAAACUAUGUGACGUUAUCCUAUAUUCCUCCUUAACCAGUAGCAGGCUUGUGCUUUCCACUAGCUGAUCAUUAUUGUCCUGAUAUAUAUUUACCAAUUUAUCAAAUGUUACCCAGAACCGUAGAACCAAAUGGUUCUCAUUUUUUAUGCUGCAGAGACCUGAAUGAUAUUUGGUAACUGUAGAAAAAUGUAAGUUACACUCAGGAUCACUGUUAAUUGCUAUUGCCACUGAUGAUUCUUACAAAAAUAUAAUUGAAGUUUUCCAUCAAAAAGUAUGAUACAAUAUAAAUACACAUUAGAUGAUAAGAACAAUUGUUCCAUGAAUGAUUCUAUGAAGCUAUGCAUCUUAGACCUCUUGAGCUGUGAAUUAGCACUGUUUUCUAUAGUUACUUAUUCUCUUGAUUGUUUUAUAAUUUCCACAUUCAUUUUCUAUAUGUACAAGUGUUAUUCUUGAGUAAUUUCCCAGAAUUGUAAAUUUUAUUCUUUGAUUUAAAUACUGAAGCAUAUAAUUAAAUUGCUAAGUAGCAGCUUAAAAAUCCAGUUAUCAGAUUGUAUUUAGCAUCUUUAAGAGCAUAAUCAUAAAGAGCUAUAUUUUUGACACCCUCCCUUUUUUUUAACAUUUAGAUUUUAUAAGGGUUUUAUAUCUCAUCUGUCCAUAUUAUUUUCAAAGGAAUGAGGUUUUUAGGUAGGUGGAAAAGCAUUUAGGAAGUUAGAUUUGAACAUAGACGAAGUGGGUCAUUCAAAUUUGUAAUUGAUGGCUUCCAGAAUGCUAUUUGAAGAAUGUCUGUGAGUCUAGGUGUGGGUCCUACUCAGUGCCAUAGGUAGACUGAAUCCUCUCUCUGUAGGUCACCAUUACAUAGUAAUUUUGGUUCUGAAUUUCACAUUAAAUUAUUUGAGUGUAUACAGACCUAAAUUUUAAAAUCUGUAUAUAUAUUAUUUUGAUGUAUUAAGAUGAAUAAAUAUUGCCGAUUUAAGUUUUAUUUAUGCACAUACUUAAAGGACAGAAAUGUCCAAGAAAGUAAUUGUUAAAUAAUGAUAUGUAACUUUUUAACUUUUUAAAUAAAUAAAUAACAGCAUUUUUAAUGUGUGUCUCCCUCAGGGUUGUUUAAAGUUUUUUUUCUCCCUCAAAUAUAUAAAUAGUAGUAACUAUAUGUUUUGUAUCUUCUAGCACCAACUGCUGUAAAGCAAUGCUGCAAACAAUGCUUGAAUAAAAGUGGCUAAGCCAACAACAAAACAAAUACUUUUUGUAUUAGUUUUAUAAUCCUUACAUUCGAAAGCUUUCCAAAUUGCACUUGCAUUUAAGCAAAACUGUUGCAGUUUUUACUCUAUUUAUUUUUGUUUCCCAUGUUUUUGAAAAUACUGCACAGUUUCAAGGCAUGGUAAAUAAUAUAUCAGUGUUUAUGUAUUCUGUUCCCAAAACGGCUAUAGACAUGAUAUCCAGAGAAGAGCAAAAUUCAAGCUUUAGAAAACAUUCUAAGAUUUCAUGCCUGCAGCUUUGACAUAUCUGAAAAUAGGUCUUUGUAUAUUUAUGGUGGGUGGUGGUUGGGCACUUUUAACAAAAUGUGGGAUGUUAAUUUUUGUACAGUCUGUGGGCAUUUACACAUAUUUUUAAUGUAUUAAAAUUUGGUAAUUAUGUGCACAUUAAAUUAAUUAGUUAUUUCCUGUUAUGAUUUGUGAAUUCCCUAAGACUUUGGAUUUUUUUUAAAGUAACUUUAUAUCAGAAAUGAUACUGCAUCUUUAUAUUUUUAAAAUUGUAUUGCUGCUCAAGAAUGGUACCCUGAUGUCAAAAAGGCAUAUGUCAUAAUUGUACAUUCACUGUAAAUAACCUUAUGAAAUCUUUUUUGAUUGAAGCUAUUCAAAAUAAAAAUUUAAAUGAAU